AUGGGCUCGUCGACAGCAUCGUCCAACAAGCUCCUCGUCCUCAUCGGCUCCGGGCCCGGCAUCGGCACAGCAACCGCUUCCCUAUUCGCCUCAAAGGGCUUCAACAUUGCGCUCCUCUCGCGCAACGCCGAGCGCCUCAAGCAGGAUGUCCAGACCGUCCAGUCCGCAGCAUCAUCCGACAAAUCGGUCAAAGUCGAGUCCUUCGCCGUCGACGUAGCAGACCACACCGCCCUCAAAUCCACCCUCGACAAAGUCGCAGAUUCUCUCGGAUCUCCCGAAAUAGUGAUCUACAACGCCGCGCGCGUCGGCCCCAGCCAAUUUGGGGAGUUCACCGCCGAUGAACUGCUCCAGGAUUUCAAGGUCAUUAAUGUGGGGAUCUAUGCUGCUGCCGUCUGGGCUCUGCCGCAUCUAGCGGAGAGUGCUAAACAGGGUGGAAAGGCGUCCUUCUUCCUCUCCGCCAGUGGUAUUCGGCAGCAGCCGUUGAACCCGUUCUUUUCAUUGUCGAUGCAGAAGGCGGCACAGUGUAAUUUUUUGAAGUCGUUUGAUCAGAUUGCUGGUCCACAGGGCGUGCAUGUGGCGUGGUUGGAUAUCAAUGGGAUCGUGAGUCCUGAGGAUAAGUAUUGUUCGCCGAAGUUGGUGGCGGAACAGCAUUGGAGGCUGUACCAGCAGGAGAGGGCGCAGUGGGAGCAUGGAUCGAAUGGCAGGAUUACCAAUGAUGAGCAGUAUGAGGGCAAGGAGGCCGAGGAGGGUGAGAGCGUCUGGGCUGCGCUCGAUGAGCCUGUGGGUGUUGAGGAUGAUGUUGGUGUUGACCCUGUCGUUGGCGAAGAUAUUGAUGAUGAGUCGGAGCAGAAGAAGAGCAGGGUCGCCGGUGUUCCAACAGUACAAGUCGUGAUCGGCGCGUUGGUGGUGUUGGGAUCGUCGGAGCAGCAGCGGAUGUUCUCGAAGCACAUCUCGCCCCUCUCCGUUCCGUUAGGGCCCUCCUGUCCAGUUAGCGGCUGCGAGACGUCAAUCAUGAGGCCUUUGCAGCAGUAUAUCGUCCAGUCCAGCAGGAUGACUUCUGCACCACACUCGAAUGGGUCGUAG